AUAAACUGAAAAAUGUCCGUUGACAUUCAGUUUAAAAUUAGAAACGCAAAAUUUCAGAGGAUUUCUUAAAAUUUAAAAUAAUUUUUCGUGUUGUUUGUCUGGAUUAUUUUAAUUUGAGCAUUGGUUUAUCAUCCGGACAGUCUAAUAAGAAAUAACAAGAAAAAAAUAUGGUGGAUUCUCCACCACAAAAAAACGACGAAGAAUACCCCCUUUUGAAAGUGGAGACUGGCGGCGGGGACAGUGGGCGGCCGCCCGCCCAGCCCACUGCCGCCCCUGGCUGGAACGUUACAUGCGCCCCUAAGAGGUCGUGGUAUGAACGAUGGCCAGAACUUUUUUCCGCGUGUUGGAUGACGGGAAUGCUCCUGGGCAUAUUUGUUCUCAUCAUCUACGGCUUGGGCACGUUGGGUGUGAUCCGAAGACAACCAAUUUUUGUUCUCAACUGCAACGCAUCUAAAUCUGACAGCGAAGUCUACUACCAUCAAAUUGUGCAAAGAGGAGAACAUGUCCAAUUCAGCCAAUUUUCUGAAUACCUAUCUGACAUGGCUACACAAUAUGCUUUCUUACACUUCAGCGUAUUCUUCUUAAUAGACGAUUCGGUACAAUACGGCUAUAGAGGACAACGACAUUCACGGCUAAUGAACAAAUUGCUACCUCACCAUUCAACCAGAGAAAGUGGGAUAUGUGACGGAAUAAACCAACAAGAACUGAGAGAUUUUCAUUUAAAAAAUGAAAACGUGAACGUCACUAUUAUGCCUUUGAGUAAAUUCAUGGCAAUGACACCUCUAAAAUACAAAUGGCGAACGAUUCCACUUGGCUAUCUAACAUUCUACGCGAGAGUUUUCUCCGUUUGGAAGAAUGGAGGAAUAGGAAUCGAUCUUAGUUGUUUUAGUAAUCAGUACAAAAGGCGACAAAUGCCUGAUCGAAGAAUCACUGCCAUAUUAAAACAGUACGAUUUGGGAAGCAAACCUGAAGAAUACGCAAAAACGCUCAAUAAUAUCGAUCGAGACGAACAAAACGAGUUUUUCGGAUUGUUUUAUGGUAUAGUGCAUCAAAUUCUCAACGAAACUAGAGCGUUUUUAAAUAGAUCCUUAUCAUUCAAUCAAGAAAUAAUUUCUGAACCAGUAAUAAGAAAACAUAGAAACAAACGUGAAGUUAUAUUUAAGACGCAAAACAUUUCAGGCGACAAUAUAAUUACGACUGUUACUCCAAAAAUGCAACUUGUCAAUACUUCGGAAAUAACUAUAAUUGAUUCUAUCUAUAAAAAUGCUGAUACCGUAUCUGUGAGGAAUAACUCUGUUGAUAAAACACAGUCGUUUGAACUUGAUACUGCACAAAAAGAAAACGGACAGCCAGAAAAGAAUACGUCAUCUUUAAAUUUUGUGAAUAUGCCGAUCAGAAAUGGAUCCGAUGGUCCGCAAGUUGUUCUGCUGUAUGAUUUUUCUAUAUUUUCUGACAAUAUGGGGCCACCAUAUCUUUUCCCUGAAUCAAUGCAGAACAAUCUACCUCUACCACAUGCCACUAAUCAUGAUGUCGUCGAUUCUGUACCAAAAGCGUCAUAUUUUCUGUCGGUCACGAUGGAAGGAUCCUUUGUCGCGGCUAUGUCAAAACAGCAUCCGUUCUUAGGUCAUAUACUUUCAGCUGGAUGUCAACGAAUGCCUCCAAGAUUUGCAAUACAAGAUGCGCUUAUAUCUCAAUGCUCUUCAAUAUUUAAAGACGAUGUCUAUUGUAGCAACAUUUAUGUAUUUUAGUUUUAAUUUAUUU